AUGGCGCGAACCAGCCUCGCAGACGUAGAGUCCGGCGCAACCACCCCCAUGUACUCCGGCCCGGCGGACUCCGUCGACAACAGCCCCCAGCGACAGUCCGAGAAGCUCGAAGCGGCCGUCACCGUCGCCGCCGACGAGCCCCCCGACGGCGGCCGCCUCGCCUGGACGCACGCCCUCCUCAUGCACAUCGUCUUCUUCAACACCUGGGGCGUCGUCAACGGCUACGGCGUCUUCCAGGACUACUACACCGCCGCGCUCGCCCGCCCGCCCAGCGACAUUGCCUGGAUCGGCAGCGUCGGGACCUUCCUGCUGUUCGGCGUCGGCGUCGCCUCGGGGCGCGCCACCGACGCCGGGUACUUCUCCCACGUCUUCCGCGCGGGCGUCUUCCUGGAGCUGCUGGGCGUCUUCAUGACGUCGCUGGGCACGCGCUACUGGCACUUGUUCCUGUCGCAGGCGGUGUGCAUGGGCGUCGGCAACGGGCUGGUGUUUUGCCCCGCGCUGGCCAUCUUGUCGCAAUACUUCAAGCGGCGCCGCGCGUUCGCGGUCGGGUUGGCGGCGGCGGGCGCGGCGGUGGGCGGGUUGGUGUACCCGAUUCUCAUCAACAGGCUGAUCUUCCACGACAAGGUUGGCUUCGGCUGGACCAUGCGCUGCAUGGGCCUGGUCAUGCUCGUCACGUACAUCCCCUGCCUGGUGCUGUUCAAGCCGAGGCUGCCGCCGCGGAAGACGGCCGACUGGAUCGACACGACGGCGUUCAAGGACGUGCCCUUCAUCCUCUUCACCAUCAGCAUGUUCUUCGCCUUUUGGGGGCUGUACUUUGCAUUCUUCUUCCUCGGCACGUUUGCGAGGGAUCGAAUCGGCGUCGCGCAGCCGAUCUACCUGCUCAUCUUACUCAACGGCGUCGGCGUCAUCGGUCGCAUCUCGCCCACCAUCGUCGCGGACAAGUGGUGCGGUCCGCUGAACCUCGUCAUCGCGAUAGGACUCGUAUCGAGUCUGCUGGUGUACUGCUGGGCGGCCGUGGACUCCUCGGCCGGCCUGUACGUCUUCGCCGUCAUAUACGGCCUGGCCGCCGCGGCACUGCAGGCGCUUUACCCGGCCGUCGCGACGACCAUGACGCCGCACCCGAGCAAGACGGGCACUCGCGUGGGCAUGAUCCUGUUCUUCGUCAGCUUCGCCAACUUGACGGGGCCGGCAAUAUCAGGCGCCAUCAUCGAGCGCUCCAAUGGCAGCUAUCUGGGAGCGCAGAUGUUUGCCGCGACGUCCAUUCUGUUGGCCGCGGCCUUUGCUGUCGCCACCAAGGUGGCAAAGGCGGGCUGGAAGCUUCGCACAAAAGUUUAA